AGGUAGUUGAAGAGACAAUAAUAAACACAACGCCAGCAAACAGUUGCACCAUCUUUUUCAAGAAAGCUAAUAAGGUUAUCAAGACAUGCAAGUCAAGUUAUCCGACCAUACCACCUAUUACCUAUAUAAAUUCAACAACAAAACAAGUGUAUCUUCAAAUACACAGUUACGCAAAUGAUGGGCAUAGCCAAGAGAUGGAAGUUAUUAAGUGGCCAAGACUACUGGAAAGAUCUCCUAGACCCGCUGGAUAUUGAUCUCCGGCAAACCAUAGUUCGUUACGGUGAAAUGAAGGAGGCAGCUUACGACGCUUUCAUCACUGAAAAAGCAUCCAAGUACGCAGGAAGUAGCCGGUACAGUAAGAAAGAUUUCUUCUCAAAAGUGGGGUUAGUAAAAAACAAUCCAUACAUGUACAGAGUAACAAAAUUUCUGUACGCGACGUCUCAUGUUAAGGUGCCGGACGCGUUCAUCGUAAAGUCAUUAUCCAGAGAAUCAUGGAGCAGAGAAUCGAAUUGGAUGGGGUAUGUAGCAGUUGCUACCGAUGAAGGGAAACUUCACCUGGGAAGAAGGGAUACUGUGAUCGCAUGGAGAGGUACAGUUCAAGCUCUAGAAUGGGUAACUGAUCUUGAUUUUACCAUGGUUUCGGCCAGUAAGCUUUUAGGAGACACUGAAGAUGAUAACCCCAAGGUUCACCAAGGCUGGUUUUCCAUAUAUACAUCCGAUGAUCCGCGAUCACCAUUCAAUAAGUCGAGCUGUAGAGAUCAGGUUCUGGCUGAGGUGAGAAGACUAGUGGAAGAAUUCAAGGAUGAGGAGAUCAGCAUAACUAUCACUGGUCAUAGCUUGGGUGGUGCUAUGGGAACAUUAAACGCUGCCGAUAUCAUAGCAAACGGAUACAACAAACCAAAAGACCAACCUGACAAGCCCUGUCCUGUAACAGUAAUCGCAUUUGCCUGUCCUCGUGUAGGAGAUUCAGCUUUCAAACGUGCAAUCUCAGGAAUGCAAGAAAUUCGAUUGCUACGUAUCCGUAAUGCAUUAGAUGUCGUGCCUAGUUAUCCAGUACUAGGAUAUUCAGAUGCUGGUGCAGAGUUAGCAAUUGAUACACGAAAAUCUCCAUAUUUGAAAAGUCCUGGAAAUAUAACAAGUUGGCAUAGCUUAGAGGCAUAUAUGCAUGGGGUAGCAGGAACACAAGGGACCAAAGGAGGGUUUAAAUUGGAGAUAAAACGCGAUAUUGCGCUUAUAAAUAAAUCAAUGGAAGAAUUGAAGGAUGAAUAUCUUGUUCCUGGUUCAUGGUGGUGUGACAAAAAUAAGGGCAUGGUACAAGAAAGUGAUGGGUCCUGGAAACUGAUGGAUCAUGAGAUGGAUGAUGACUGAAAUCCAAUUUAAUGGUUAUGAUAGAAUUCCAAACUACACCAUAACAUCCUUGUGAAAUGCUGCUUGUGAGUAUAUUUGUUAGUUUUUCUUGUAAUUUCUGGUGUUUUUGUGUAAUACAUGUUUCCUGAGUUGUACUUGUACAUGCCUCUCAUAAAUCAUUGGUUUAGAAUGUCUUAGGUUCAGAGCUUCAGAUAUGUUGAGCCCAUUCUGAUUUCUUGUACGCUAUAAAAAAGACAAAUUUAGUUCA